AUGGAACUGGGAAACUUCUGCGACAGGGCCCCUGCCUCAGGUCCUGCUGCUGGCCUUCUGAUUCUGCCUCAUUUUUUCUUGCAUGCUUGUCCAGCGAAUUUCUUCUGGGAACCGUAUUUCGGCAACUCAAAGGUCUUUGAUCUACCUUUCCCCUUCAGAACUGGUUGCAAUUUUUGUAGGGUGGAGCAGACCUGGUUGGGCAGUAAGGACUGCAGUAAAAAAAUUUUGCUUAUUUUAGAUGAUGUGUGGAUUGAUAUUGACAAGAAAUGGGAACCGUUCUAUAAUUGUUUAAAGAAUGGUCGUUGCGGAAGUAAAAUAUUAGUUACUACACGUAAUGAAUUGGUUGCACGUAUGAUGAAUUCAAAUGAUAGUAUACCUGUCGGUCAAUUACCUUACGAGGAGAAUUGGUUAUUGUUUGAAAAGAUAGCAUUUUUCAAAAGACCUCCUAAUGAUUAUAAAAAUUUAGAAGAAAUUGGUAGUGAAAUAGUUAGGAAGUGCAAGGGGUUACCUCUUGCUACAGUAACCAUUGGGAGUCUCCUGCGGUUUAAAGGAUCUAAAGAGCAAUGGCAACAUGUUUUAGAUAGUGAAUUGUGGAAGUUGGAGAAUGUUCAAAAAGGUCUUUUAACCCCUUUGAUGUUGAGUUAUAAUGAUUUACCUCCAAUGGUAAAACAGUGUUUUAUAUAUUGUUCCAUAUUUCUAAAAGAUUAUGAGUAUAUGUCUAAAAAUCAGUUGAUUGAUUUUUGGAUGGCUCAAGGUUAUCUUGGAUUAGAAAAAAAUGGUGAGAAUAAGGAGAUAAUUGGUAAAGAGUAUUUUGACCAUUUAAUGACAAGAUCUCUCUUACAAGAGAACAAACCUUGCUCUUAUAAGAUGCAUGAUAUAGUGCAUGAUUUUGCACAAUUUUUGGGUAACAAUGAAUGUUUAUCUGUAGAAGUCCAUGGUGUUGAAGACCCAAUUACAAACUCUUCUCAUGACAAAGUUCGUCAUCUAAUGUUAACUGUUGAUGGAGUUGGGCCUUCAUUUCCGGAAUCUACUUAUAGAUUAAAAUGGUUGCGGAUUGAAAAAUUGGUAAAUUUGAGGCGUUUGCAAUUUGAAACUUUUGAUCGUGCACUACUUUACAUGCCAAAAAGGGUUGAGAAAUUAACAGGUCUUCGAAGAUUAAGUGAAUUCGUCAUACCAGGUGGUGGUGAUCAUGAUAACAAAGCUUGUAGUUUUGAAGGACUGGAAAAUUUGAAUCGUCUCGAAGGGAGCCUUACAGUAAGAGGGUUGGGAAAUUUAACAGAUGUGAGCGAUGGUAAACUGACAAACGUAUUUAAGAACAAGGAAAAACUCGACCGGUUGCAUUUGGAAUUUUAUAAAAGUGAAGAAGAGGAGAGAUUAGGUGAGGAUGAUGAACUAAUACUCAAAACCUUACAACUGCCGCCAAAUUUAGAGAAUUUAUUGAUAUCCCGCUACAGAGGCAACACAGUACCCUCCACUAAUUGGAUGACUUUAACCAAACUGGAGGUGUUAACACUUCGCGCUUGCUCCAACUGUAAGCAUUUGCAUCAUUUGGGAAAUUUGCCAUUCCUUGAAUUACUAGAUCUAACAGCAAUGUCCAGUGUGAAAAAAGUGGACGAUGAUUUUUGGGGAGUCGAAAGUGAGACCUCAUCAUCAUCUUCAUUGUGCGUUCACUUUCCCAAGUUGACACAUUUCAACUUUUGGGACACGAGAGAAUGGGAAGAAUGGGAUUGCAAGGUAGAGGAAUUCAUGCCAUGUCUUGCUAUCUUGAGUAUUGUACGCUGCCCCAAGUUAAAGGCACUGCCAGACGGCCUUCUGCAGAGGGCAACACUCAAGCAAUUGGAUUUUAGUGAAAGUCCUAUUCUAACUGAACGAUACAACAAGGAAACAGGAGAGGACUGGCCCAAGAUCUCUCACAUCCCUUAUAUCGAGAUCGAUGGUAUAAGUGUGCAAGAUGAGCAAUAA